AUGGCCGCUGGAAAGGUAGUUAUCUGUGGGGCGGGGUUCAUAGGAAGUCACAUCGCUAGGUCACUCAUUGCGUCUCAGCGUCCAGUGCAGAUCUCGUCCAGAAAUCCAGCAAAAACCCAUGAAUUACUUGAAUUCACCACUCCAAAAGGGCCACUUCUACCCGCUGUUUCGGUUGAUGUAACCAAACCGACAACAUUGAUACAUGCAUUCAAGGACGCCGGCACCAUUAUAUCGCUCGUUGGCGUCAUGCAUGGUACCCCCAAAGACUUUGAAGACGUUCAAUGGAAAGGGGCAGAAAAUGUGGCUUUGGCCGCCCGGGCGGUCGGAGCGAAGGUGAUUCACUUCAGCGCAAUUGGGGCGAACACGAAGAGUGAGAUCAUGUAUUUCAAGACGAAGGCUAUGGGUGAGAACUCGGUGCUGGACAUUUGCCCGGAUGCGACAAUUAUUCGUCCGAGUCUUGUUUUUGGUCCAGAAGACGAUUUCUUUAACCGAUUCGCGCGCUUAUCUCGUGUCUUGCCUUUCUUGCCCGUUUUUGGAGGAGGAAAAUCUCGUUUUCAGCCCGUUUACGUCGGCGACUUGUCAAAAGCUGUUGAAAUUCUUUGCAGGGGAACCCCAGAAAUCAAAAAAGAGACUUCAGGCAAGAUAAUUGAGGCUGGAGGACCUGAAGUUUUCACUUACCAUCAACUCAUGGAGCUCGUUUUGAAAUACAGCGGCCGUCAUCGUCCAAUAAUAUCUUUCCCAUUCCCAUUUGGUCUCUUGCAAGGCGCGAUAUUGGAAAAUUUACCCCCAAAUUUGUUUACAGUCACCCGUGCUCAGGUCAAGCAACUGAUGGUUGACAACGUAGUCAAUAUUCGCCCAAGAGCAAACGAAAUCUCGUUCCAGAAUUUGCUUGAGAAGUAUUCGAACGAACCUCUUACCUCCGUUCAUAAAAUACUCCCCACGUACCUUUGA